AUUUUGGCCCUUUCGACGACUUAAACCACUCCCACCUUCGACACACACUCGUGCAGCAGCAGCACAGAGGACAAAAAGGCGACGAUGAUGCGGCGUGCCUCAGCGCUCGUGGCUCUUUCUUCUGCAGUCCUCUAUCUGGCAGCACUCGUCGACGCUCAUGGUCACCACCAGGAGGGCCCCGCCGAUGACUCUGUGCCCAUUGACUCAAUCCUCUGGCUGCACAUCUUGAUCCAGUCGCUCGCUUGGUUCAUCCUCUUUCCCCUCGCCAUGGUUCUCGGCCUGACACGGCACCGUCUCCACGUGCCCCUCGCUGUGUUGGCUCUCACCCUGACAACGGCUGGCUACUUUCUUGGCCAUGGGCACGGCGGGAGGUCGUUCCCUCACACUGCCCACGGGACUGUGGCCAACCUGCUGAUCCCGCUGCUGAUGGCACAGGGUGCACUGGGCAUUUACCUCAAGCUCCAUCUCAAAUGGAAAGCAGAGGGCUUCGUCCGGCCCAUUAUCAUCUUUGCCCACGGCUUCAUUGGGAAGCUCUUUUCGAUCCUUGGCUGGCUGCAAAUGCUUUUGGGGAUCAUCACGCUGCGCUCCUGGUGCAUGGGUGGCCGUACGGGCCAGUGCCUCGCACACCACAUCAUGGGCAGUGCAUUCAUCGGCUACGGCACCAUUCUCCUCAUCAUGCUCAAGGCCGGCGUCAGCUGGCUCUCACGGCGCAAGAGCAACACCAGCCAGGAGUUUCUAGACAGCACCGUCAUCUUUGCCUGGGGCUGUGUCAAUGCGCUCACGGAGCACCACGGCGGGCCGUGGACGCACAAGGAUCUGCAGCACACUUUGCUCGGCGUCGUCUGGGUCGCUGGCGGCGCCGCUGGCAUGUGGCUCUCCAAGGGCGGCAGGCGGAGCGUGGUACCCGCCGUAGUCAUCGUCAUUACUGGCUGGGCCAUGAGUGGUCACGCACAGGCUUUGAUGAUUUCAACGAUGAUCCAUGCCCUGUUUGGGUACUGUCUCAUGGCUGCUGGUGCUGCCCGCAUCAUCGAGGUCUGCUUCGUCCUCGGCGACGGGCCCACGGGGCAGCAGCAGCAGCCCGACGCAGAGCGACCAUCAGAGGAAGACGAACGGCAGAGGAUGGACACGGAGAAGCAGUGGUUCCCCAUCCGAGCGUUCCAGUACCUGCCACCCUGGCUCCUAUUUGCCUCGGGCGUCCUCUUCAUGUCGGCCACCGACGAGGAGCUGCGCUGGGCAGACUCCUACGGCGUCGAUCACAUCACCUGGGGCCUCAUUGACUUCUCCAUUUCCUUUUUCCUCUUUCUCUGGGCAAACGUCCUCAUCGACCUCUACACGUCCCAAGGUGGGCGCUAUGGGUCCGCGCGCAAGGCCGCUGCUUCCGCUGCCGCCGCUGGCGGCCGCGGCGGUCGUAGUGCUGGUCUCGCCGAGUCCGGCGGACUCCGCUCGCUUUAUUCCCGCGUCAGCAUGGGUGAAUCGGCUCCGCUGCGCGUCGACGAGGACCCGGACGAAGGCGUAGCAAGCGGCAGCUCUGGUUCUCUCGAGAUGAAUCGGCUCGAGGGCAAGAGGGCUAAAGAUCGCGGUGCUCAGAUGAAUGGGAAUGGGACUGCGAAUGGCCACCACGUCUUGUUUGACGAAGACGAAGGCGAAGACGAGGAGGAUGACGAUCCUUUUGACGACGAGAGAAGACGGUGA